UUUACUAAACAAAUGUGCUGCGCCACUUAUCAUUGUAAUGUUAGGUAAAUGAUUUAAAACUCCAACUUUCCAGAUUUCCAUUACUAUCAGUUUUCUGUCAUCAUCUCUCGUCUCUGCAAACACAUCUUUCCACAAUUACCAGUUCUUCUUUUUACCAUUAGAUCACUAAUUAUAAAACACUGUCACUGAGUUCUUGGAGUCGCAAAGAAAUUGUGAUUUGCCCCAACUAUUAAAAUCGGCUACAAUAUUCAAAGUUCAAAGUAAAUAUAGAAAUAUAAUAGAAGUUUACAAAAACCUGUACAGAAAUAGACAAAAUGUAUCAACCAAGGUCUAAAAGAAGGUGAACUAUACAACUAAAAUGAUAAGUCGUUACUACAUUGUUCCUAGUGACAAAGUGUUAGGGGAGCAUUAAAGUGGAUGGUAUGUUGCUGCUGAGUUAUGCUUUGUUGAAACUGUUAGCUGUUAAGGUAUGCUUGGAUCAACAUCAGCAUCCUAUGCUUUGUUUUGCUGUAAAACUGUUAACACUGUUAAGGUAUGCUUGGAUCCUGUGCUUUCUCAAUGGGAGGAAUUUUCUUUCAAUUUGUUUCACUACUACUAGACUUCUAUUCCUCAAUACACUCUACCCAGUCAGAAUAGGGGGACAUCAAUUUAAAACAGAAAUGAGGAGGAGUCUCUUGAGCCAGAGGGUAAUGAAUUUGUGGAAUUCAUUGUCACAGAUGGCUGUGGAGGCCAAGACUUUGGAUUAUAUUUAAGGCAACAUUUGAUAGGUUCUUGAUUAGCUAAGGUUAUGGGGAAAAAGCACGAUAAAGGGGUUGAGAGUAAUAAUAAGUCAGCCAUGAUGGAAUGGCAGAGCAGACUCAAUGGGCCAAAUGGCCUAAUUCUGCUCUUAAGAUCAAUACUCUAUGUACUUAUGGAUCACUUGAUACCCACAGCAACUAAAAAGUAUAGUGAAACAUGAAAUCUGAAGUAAAAACACAAGAUUCUAGAGAUACCUGCCAUAAAUCUCCAGCAAUUUCUGUUUUUGUUAUGUCAUGUAGCUUUAGCCUAGUGACAGUCUGAACAAGACAGAGAAAUAACAGGACACAGAAACUCAAAUGUACUGACAGCUUCAUCUAAAAAGCAAAGCAAGCCAACUGGAGCUCAUUUUGACAUCAAAAAUCAGAGUUGAAAUUUUCUCAUUUGGAUGGCACUCAGAGCAAGAGUAAGAUUUCAGGUCUCAAUAUCGCAACAAGACUAUGAAAUCUUUGAAGGGGGUGCGAAGUAAUUUACCAGGAUGAUAACAGAACUUGAAGAUUUUCCACUGUCAAGAAGACCGAGCAGACUGAGGCACACUUCUCUGAAGAAGACAAAAGUGAGAUGGCAUCGAGGACCACAAGGUCCACGAGGAUACCCUGGUCCACCAGGUCCACCAGGAUACCCAGGAAAACCAGGUGCUGGAAUUCAAGGUCCGCCAGGCCCAACAGGGCAGCCAGGCCCACAGGGGCUGCCAGGCAUAGGGAAGCAGGGUGCUCCAGGACCACCAGGAAAGACAGGUGAAAGAGGCGACCAGGGACCAAAAGGCAACUUGGGAUCUCCUGGCAUGCAAGGACAGAAAGGUUCACCAGGUCCAAGAGGAUUUCCAGGGCCAAAUGGAUUGUCCAUUCCUGGUAAACCAGGCGCGCCCGGGCCAUCAGGUGCUACAGGACCAAUAGGUCCACCUGGUGAGAAAGGAGAACCAGGGAACCCUGGUCCAAUUGGUGAAAAGGGAGAAAGAGGAGUUGGAAUACCGGGCCGUGCAGGUGAAAGGGGUCCUCCUGGACCACCAGGACCACAAGGAAUUCGUGGUGAAACAGGAUAUGGAAAACCAGGAGUGACAGGCCUUCCUGGAAAGCCAGGAGAGAAAGGUGAAAAAGGCUCACCAGGUUCACCUGGAUUUUCAGGUGCACCAGGUCAAAAAGGGCCCCCUGGGUUACCUGGACCACCAGGUAUUGGAAAGUCUGGAGAAGAUGGUAGACCAGGGUUACCAGGACCUCCUGGACCUGAUGGUCCACCUGGUGCCCAAGGUGUACCCGGUGAACCUGGACUUCCAGGUUUUGGGAGACCGGGUCCACCAGGACCUAAAGGGGACCCAGGUACUCCAGGCCCUGCCGGAUAUCCUGGAGAGAAAGGCGAGAAAGGUGUCGCGGGUAAUCCUGGAGCCUCUGGACUUUUAGGACCAUCUGGUCCACCUGGGCCUGAAGGUCUACAAGGUGCACCCGGUCCACCUGGAGCACCAGGAGCUAAAGGGGCACAGGGCUCAGCAGGCGCUCAAGGUUAUCAGGGACCAAAGGGUGAGAUGGGUCCAGGGGGUGCCCCAGGCAAGUCAGGAAUUCCAGGAGAACCUGGUCUGCCAGGACCUGAAGGUCCAAUGGGACCACCUGGCCAAAAGGGUGCCAUUGGACCCAUUGGCCCACCUGGAAAAACAGGUGAACCUGGUGCUCAAGGUCUUCCAGGGCCACCAGGAUUUGCCGGUGAGGUUGGAAUGGAUGGGCCCCCUGGACCUCCUGGUUCAAGAGGCCCUCCUGGUUACCAAGGACCACCAGGAUUCCCUGGUGAAAAAGGAGAUCCAGGACCUCCAGGGCCACCAGGACUACCAGGUCUUUCUGCUGGCUUCCUUGAAAAGUUACCUGAAGGAGCACCUGGUCCUCCAGGUCCAGAAGGUCCUCCAGGUCCACCUGGCCCACCUGGUCCACCUGGGCCUCCGGGGGAAAGUGCACAAACAGGAAAGUAUGGGGGCUACAAUGGCUUCACAGAAGCAGGUGGGGCAAAUUCAUAUCCAGCUUUUACAGCCAUCCUUUCAGAAUCCUACCCAGCAACACGACAACCAAUAGUAUUUGAUAAAAUAUUAGCCAAUCAAAACAAUGACUAUGAUCCAACAACUGGAAUAUUUACGUGUAAAACGCCAGGUAUCUAUCAAUUCACUUACCAUUUACAAGUCAAAGGAGGAAAUGUUUGGGUUGGACUGUUCAAAAAUCAUGAACCCAUAAUGUACACAUAUGACGACUAUACAGAGGGUUACGUUGAUCAAGCCUCAGGGAGUUCUAUAAUACAUUUACGUGAAAAUGACCAAGUUUAUGUUGAGUUACCUUCAGUUGAGUCCAAUGGCUUAUAUUCAUCUGAUUAUAUGCAUUCAUCCUUCUCGGGAUUUUUAAUUAGUCAAACUAUUUGAUGCAUGUCAAUUAUACUGGCAACUUUCCUGGUCGCCCACAUCACCUACAAACAUCCCAACCCCCACUGCAGCAAUGAGUAGUUUCUACAUGUUUGUGGAAUGCUGCCAAUUCACACAGAAUACUUUUCAAAAAAGCUUCACAACUAAAAUGUUCUGGGUGGCUUGCUGGAUGGAGCCUGUGGGUGAACAUUUCCCAACCCUCUUCUAUCCAAGGUGAGCUAAUGCUGAAACUCCUUUCCACAGCGCUUUAUGAAACUGCCCCAUUACUGUCUGUGGCUAAAUGACAAUUAGACUUUUCACUAUGAUCUUUAAAGUUCAGGGAAAAUAUAUCACUAAAUUCAUAUCUAUUGCCCACUGUUUCAAAGGAGAAUUACUGCCAUUCAGUCAACACCACCCUAGCAAAGAAAGACAGCAGAGAAUUGAUGUAAUUUCAAAUGUCUUAGUUAAAAAUGUUUCUUACAGAAUUUAUCACAGUCAAUCACAUAAUGGCUCACUGAUCAAUGAUUAUUUUCAUCCAUAACCCUUCAGAUAGAACAUACAGGGUCUUUCCAAAUAUUUACAACAUGCAACCAUUCCUCCUGGCAGCAAGAGAACCCAGAGUGUUACAAUGAAUUAGGUUUCAAGCAGCAAGUGCACAUGUUUUGAAAUAAGCUGACAAAGAAGUUUGACUUUGCUAUGUUAAACUGAAGUAUCACAAUAGAUCCUCAUUUUUUAAAAAAGCUAGUACUUUAGUAUUUUCCACACAGAACGACUCAAAACCAAUCUAUUCAACGCCAAUUAUUAUUUAAAGGUUUGUCAAAUUCUUAAUUUACAAAUGAAUUAUUCCAGAAUUAAAUCACAGGGAGGUGCUAUGGAUAAUAGAAACCCAUUUAUAACUAUAACAGGACUCAGCUGACAAUAUUGUACAGAAAACAAGUAUGUUGAACAUUUUUUAUAAACCCAAGGGCUUACUACCAAAAAAAUAAAAACUGUAUUGAAAUGCAUUAAUAGUCACAAAGCAUUUUAUUAUUUCAAAAUAUGCAUAAAAAUAAAACUGUUUAUGAUGUUA